AGCCGAAAGACGCAACAUUCUUGCGCUAAGAGAUCGAGCCAAGGUAAAUGGCGAUGUCACUCGGCCACAACUUAAUCUGUUACACCUUAAACGAUGUUAUCCGUGAAACAGGAGAAACCAAGAAGACAGCAUUUAGUUUGUUUUCGUGUUUAAAUAUGGGUGCAAGGUCCAUCCAUUAGUCUUUUUGCGUUCAGCCGGAGAGAGACCACAAGAGAUAAACGGAGAGAGUCCAUAAGAGAUGCCCGAAGAGCCUGCUUCGCGUACGUUACAAACCUGUCAGUGUUUGUGUGUCAAAAACCUUUCGUCGAACGACAGUCGACAGGAUCCCUCCUGAAAUUUGUACACAACUCUUUAAGUCCAGUCCCAAAAUACAAUGGUUAGUUGGGACAGUCAGUAAAGCUUUUGUUUGCUUCCACGGUCCUGACAGCUCUCGCUUGUCAAGCUUUAACAGGUAGGCGGGACUUUGUCGCGCUGCAGUUUGGUUGCUGUUACAGAUGGGCUUGGCCAGUCGGCAGCAGUAGCUGGCUGCUUAGGUUGAUGUGCUUAGAGAAAAUCUAAGCGUUCUGAAGUUGAGCCAGAUCAGCUAUCCGUUUGUUACUGCUGCAACAAUCCCACAGCGAAAACGUACGUCGCCGUGGAACACCCGGGGACCCGAGAUAAUGGUAAGAGACCCAUUAGAGCUGUUGCCAGCUUGCCAGAAAUGACCGAGGUCAACAAAACAAUCCAGAAAUGGCACGCCAGCUUCAAAAAAGGCACCGACUUUGAUUCAUGGGGACAGUUAGUGGAAGCAAUUGAUGAGUACCAAAUACUGGCGCGACAGCUUCAGAAAGAAGUCCAGUCUUGCAGCAGCUUUUGUGACUUCACAGAAGAGCAAAAGAAGACACUGGGCAAGCUUGCAACAUGUCUGGAACUGAGAAGUGCUGCUUUACAGAGUACUCAGUCUCAAGAAGAUUUCAAGCUGGAAGAUCUGAAAAAACUAGAACCAAUUAUAAAGAAUAUUCUUACCUACAACAAAGACUUUCCAUUCGAUGUUCAGCCUGUUCCUCCCAGAAAAAUUUUAGCACCUGGAGAAGAAGAAAAUCUGGAACUAGAAGAAGAUGAAGAUGGAGGAAAUGGAGCAGGUUCACCAGAUUCCCUUCCUUUCAGAGUCCCAGGAGCUAUUGAAGGUACCUUAUUACCAAGGUUACCAUCUGAGCCUGGGAUGACAUUACUCACUAUCAAGAUUGAGAAAAUUGGGCUUAAAGAUGCUGGGCAAUGUAUUGAUCCUUACAUCACAGUUAGUGCAAAAGAUCAGAAUGGUGUAGACCUCACACCAGUACAAGAUACACCGCUUGCUUCAAGGAAAGAAGAUAUGUACAUUCAUUUUAAUGUGGACGUUGAAAUCCAGAAGCACAUUGAGCAGUUGGCAAAAGGAGCAGCUAUUUUCUUUGAAUUCAAACACUAUAAACCCAAGAAAAGAUUUACAAGCACCAAGUGCUUUGCUUUCAUGGAGAUGGAUGAGAUCAAACCUGGUCCAGUUGUAAUAGAACUCUACAGGAAGCCAACAGACUUCAGAAGGAAAAAAUUACAGUUGCUAACUAAGAAACCACUUUAUCUACACUUGCAUCAAACACUGCACAAGGACUGACUGCUUCUGAAUUGUGUGUGAACUAAACCACUUGCUUCUCUUCAGCAUUGCAGCUGUAUGUAAAAACAUUACUACCCCAGCAGACAAGAAGGAAAAUGGCAGCUACUUUUGUACUAAUGUGGCUGGAUACCAGACAUUCACAAGUUAGGUUUCAUUUGUAAAAUACAUUUUGCUACAGAUAUUGUAUACAAAUUGUACACUACAUAGCUUUGUCUGUAUGUUAAUUUCUGUUUAACAGUUUUUGAGGUUGCAGAAAACGUCCACUGUUUUUUAUAUUGUAAUUAUACCAUUUCCCCACCUAAGUAAUGUACCUUAAAAAUUGAAUGUGAAAACAGAUCACCCAAGUGUUUGCAAGACUGUACAUAGUACACUAAAAUGUUCAUUAACUUUUUAGUUUGUCUACUGAAGUACAUUGGUGCUCAUUAAUCAGCAUUUAAGAUAAUAACAUUCUGUUUUUACUGCAAUGGAUGGCACUAUGAGAAAAUAAACCUGCAUUCAAAUUUUGCACAAAUAAUGCUUA